AUGGAUUCAGAACCUCGUCAACAACACUUUCUAGAAGGCAAGACCAUUAUUGUCGCCGGCGCAGGUAUCGCAGGAUCAGCCUUUGUUAUUGCCCUGCGCAAACUCUGGAACCCCAAACUGAAAGAGCCAACCAUCAUCCUCUACGAUCGCGAUUCUCCUGAUGUGACCGCUCAACGUGAAGGCUACACGGUAUCAUUAGCUGGCUACGAUACUUCGGGUGGUCUUCUAGCCCUGAGAAAACUAGGUCUCCUUGACGAAAUACUCGACAAUGCUGUUGCUGGUCUGAACGACGAUGGCGCUUUCAAGAUAUGGGGACCAGCUUGGAACGAGUACGCAAGCUUUCGGCACCAACCCAUCGAUGGGUUAUCCUCAUCCAGUGUCCGUAUAGCAAGAAAGGAUCUUCGUCAUGUCCUUCACAACAACCUUCGUCCAAGCGAUGCGGUGCAGUGGAACUCCCGCUGCCUCUCAGCCCGUCGACUCGAAGACGGUAGAGUGUGCGUUCAAGUCGCAAAAGGAUACAACGAAAACGAAGUGGUCUCAGAGGAAAUCUGUGAUGUGCUCAUCGCAGCGGAUGGAGCAAACAGUAAAUUACGGACGAAUUUACGACCCGAGGAUGAUCUUGAGUUUGCUGGUGCCAUUCUACGCGGAGGCAUCUCUCGAUUCGAGGGUCCUCCUCCCACUCCCAUCAACAAAGAUUGGGGGUUCAUGCUCUCCGGAACUGGCGUAUCGUGCUUCUUCUCGCCAGUCGACAAGAAUAGUGUGGUAUGGGGUGCCGGUCAUCUUGAGGCAGAUCAAGUCCCAAGACUAGACCUCAACGACGAGGAGAUGGUGCAACAAGUCAUCGAGACGGGCCUCCAACUUGGCAAAGAGCUUCAAGAGCCGUUCAGAACUAUUGUCCACCACACAGAUCCAAAGACCGUCUUUGCAAUCAACGCCCAUGACAAGAAGCCAUUUCACCACGAGGAGAUAGACACCAUACCUGUCGUGUUUAUAGGCGACAGCAAUCACGCUGUGAGCCCGUUUGCUGGGUUUGGAGCCAACCUGGCGCUUUGCGAUGGGUGGGAUUUGGCAGAACAGUUAUGCACUGGACAAUCAGUGGAAGACAGUGUAAUGGCCUAUGAUGAUCUGGCCGUGUCUCGAGCGUUUCCUAUCCUGCAGCGAUCAAGGGAAAGACUAAUAUCAGGACAUAAGAGUGGUGGUAUGGCAAUGCGAAGGGGAGAGAGGCAGACAAAGCUUGCUUAA